CGGCACGGCGGCGAGCGGGCCCACCGUGCCAGCGCCUUAAAUUAUUCCCUGUUGUCAUGGGCAGAUCGAUCCCGUGAGCAAUGAUCAUCGAAAACUGGCGCGAACCCAUAGCAACGGCGACACGGCCUUGGUGCGAAGACGGCAGAACUCCGGGCGGUCAAAGCGAAAGGACGGCGGAGCACAGCUGAGGGCUUGCAUUGCUCGACGGAGACCGUCUCGAUGGCGAAUGAAUCAAUCAUGGUGGUCCAAAUUUAGGCGCCAUCGAUUUGAAAACUCUGCAUUCCACAGAACUGCAAAGUGGUUCACGAAACGGCCUGCGGGGCGCAUAAAACGUUGAAAUCACGCAAAGUCUUCGAACGUGAGCACAGGCCAGCACGUCGCUGAGGUUCCCUAAGGUCCGCAUCGCCCGCCUGGCAGGUCACCGAUCGUUUGGCGCGGCCCGCAGCCGCGUCGAGCCGAGUGUCGACAUCGCCGCGACCCGGCGGGCCGGGCGCCGCCGUCGGUGGAGUGGGUGUCCGCUCGGCGGAUCAUGGCAUGGCUGUGGCGGGCGUGAGCAGCGCGCCUGACGUCUUCACCGGUUCGCCGCCGCUCCAGCUGGACUCGCUGCCGGCCCACGGCUCGCUUAACGACACGGCCCCGGCCGCCGCGCUCGGCACCCAGCUGCUCAAGAUCGCUGCCAUGACUUGCAUCAUGCUGCUGUCCGUGCUCGGCAACCUGCUGGUGAUCGUCAGCGUGCUGCUGCACCGGCGCAUCCGCGUCGUCGCCAACUACUUCGUGGUGUCGCUGGCACUCGCCGACAUGCUGGUGGCGCUGUGCGCCAUGACCUUCAACGCCAGCAUCCAGAUCACGGGCCAGUGGCGCUUCGGGCCGGUCAUGUGCGACGCCUGGAACUCGUUCGACGUGUUCUUCAGCACCGUGUCCAUCCUGCACCUGUGCUGCAUCAGCGUCGAUCGCUACUUUGCCAUCCUGCAGCCGCUCGAGUACAGGACGCACAUGAGCAAGCGCACGGUGGCGGGGAUGCUAGCCGCCUCCUGGAUGGCGCCCGUCACCAUCUCCUUCAUCCCGAUCUUCCUCGGCUGGUACACGACGCGCGAGCAUCUCAGCUUCCGCGCCCGCCACCCGGAAACGUGCGAAUUUAUCGUGAACGAGGUGUACAUGCUGGUGUCGUCGAGCGUGUCGUUCUGGAUCCCGGGCGUCGUAAUGGUCUGCAUGUACAGUCGCAUCUACCAGGAGGCGCGCAAGCAGCACCGCGCCAUCAGCCGCACCCCCAGCACCAUCAACUUCCCGGGCGCUGACUGCGUGGUCCACCUGGACGACAUCACAGAGGAGGAGCUGACACUGGCACUGACGGCGCUCAAGACCAUCCAGGACGGCCCGGCGGCGGCGGCGGCGGCGGCGGCGGCGGCGGCUGAGCCCGGCGUCAAUGGUCAGGCGAGCGGCACAGCAUCGCGUGGCGACCGGCAGCCCACGCUGCCACGACACCUGCACAAGAAGGCCUCCACCGUGUCCUUCUUCAGUGACACGGUGUCGGAGCAACCGCGCAAGUCGUCCAACACGUCGCGGCUCUGUCGUUUGCGCUUCUCCACCGGCCACAUGUUGCGCGAGCACAAGGCGGCCAAGACGCUGGGCAUCAUCAUGGGCUGCUUCGUGCUGUGUUGGCUGCCGUUCUUCGUGUGGUACGCGACGGCUACUCUGUGUGGUAACCUGUGUCACAUUCCGCCCGUGCUGGUGGACGUGCUCUUCUGGAUUGGCUACUUCAACUCCACGCUAAACCCCAUGAUCUAUGCGUACUUUAACACCGAGUUCCGCGACGCCUUCCGAGAGACGCUGGCUCUGCUGCUCUGCUGCCGGCGCGUGCGGUCGACCGCUUACGACGCCCGGAACGGCGCCGCCUCGCUGAGGUCAGAGAGACUGGACCGGUCGCUGGAGCCCGGCCCCUCCGCCGGCUGGCGGGAGGACGCCAGGCCUUCCGUGUGAUGUCGCACACAGCGGUGCCCGCCCGGCCUCGACGCCGACCAGGUCCCUAGCGCUCCUCGCCGUAAGCAGCGGUGGCUCUGCCGCGAGCGGUACCUCACAGGCGAGGCGAGUGGUCGAGGGACGCGUCCGCCAUUCUGUCGGCUGAACUCGAUGAUUCAGCGCUAUCUGUUUCGGACAUGUCGAUACGUGCAAUUCUAUUUCGAGGUGUGUGUGUGUGUGUGAGGUGUGUGAGGUGUGUGAAGCAUGCGAGUCUCACACGUGCCGGCGCGCGCGGUUCCGUAAUACGUAUCAACUGCGUAACACGUACCAACAAAGUCCCUGCGUCGUUACAGGCCAACCCGAACCCAGCACCAGGCCAGGCUGGACCCGGGAGCAUUUGCGUGGCUCCAUAACGGGCGCGUUGAAGUGUAUGAUGCCACGCGUCGCGCCGAACGCUCGGCCGGGUCGCGGCCGAAGCUGGCGGCGACUCGCGUCGCAUUCAUCGCCACGGCGUGCUGACCUAGCGCCCGGAGCGUGUGACCCGCCCCGUCAGCGGAUGUCAGCACGAGCCAGUGAUUCGUGGGAGACCGCGCAGGGCGUCUCCGCUGGUUGUGACGUAACGCGCGACAUGAUCACCACAAGUCAGCGGCUCACCUGGGCCGAUGCCCCACCUGUGUAUUGUUGAUUAUCAUAGCGCUCCCAAAGGUGCUGCUAAA